AUGUUGGAGCACAUGCCUCGACGCUCACGCUCACUUCUCUGCCUCACUUUGAACUCUCUUGCCCUGGCUUUGUCUGUGCUAGCCUUCUGCACCUCCUACUGGUGUGAGGGAACACAGAAAGUGGUGAAACCACUCUGUCUCUCAGCUGUUAAAAUAGAGAAAUGCAGCCAGAACAACAGCCAGCCUUUUGCUGUGGGCACAGCGCAACCAGAACUUCCCUCUAAUGGCACAGAAUCACCAAACAAGAGAGAAGCGCUUACCAAGACUCAACAGAAACCGUUGGCUAAUGCCGUGCAGUACAUUUGGGAAACAGGAGAGGACAAGUACAUGUUUCGUUACUUCCAUGCAGGAUUCUGGGAAUCUUGUGAAAAACAUGUUGAUGGGGAGCGAUGUCGCAAUUUUCUCGAUCUAAUCCCUGAAGAUAGACAUGGUGUUCUCUGGUUGUCUAUGAUAUCUGAGUUCAUAUACAUUGGUCUGUUGGGGAUGGGCUUUCUGCUGAUGUGGUUGGAGGUUCUUUGUUCUCAUAAAGAAAUGUAUGCACUGAAAAUCAACUCAUUUGCAGCCUUAUGCACUGUGCUGUCAGGCCUAAUUGGCAUGGUGGCCCACAUGAUGUACACCACAGUUUUUCAGUUGACUGUGAUUGUAGGACCCAAAAACUGGAGACCUCAGAACUGGGAUUAUGGCUGGUCUUUUGUUAUAGCCUGGGUGUCCUUUAGCUGCUGUAUGGGUGCUGCCAUCUUCACCUUCAACUCGUACACUAAGACUAUCAUUGAGAUUCGCCAUCGACGGAGGCUGUGCCUGGAGGAAGCCCACACAGCUCCUUCCUAUGAAGAGGUGGUUUCAGGAGGUGGGAUCUACUCUAUCAGUGGCCUACAGCAGUGUCCCAAUGGGAUGAUCAAUAGUAUGUGGCUAGAGCAUGAGACUGUGGGGAUGAAGGCAGAGGUGCAUGUCCCCAUGCUGGUGCUGAUAGGUGGAAAUGAACCUGAGGAGUGUGAGGACUGCGAGAGGGAGAUGGAUGAAAUGAAAGAGGCCAUGGAGAGAGAUGGAACAGACUCACCUUGUUAAUGAAAGUUAUGUAAAUUGGUUGGUGUGAAAUACUGAUGCUCUGGGCCUCUACAUGCAGAUAGGUUGAUGUCUCAGUCUGGAUUCUGAGCUCCCUUUGAAAUUAAAUUUCAUGAGAUCUUGAGUGGAUUAAACUUGGAUUUGAUAAGGACACAAAGCAUUCAUUUCAGAUUGCAUUUGCUGUUAUUUUUAGAGAACUCCCCG